UUCAGACAUGAUAAACAAGUUCAUGUUUUGAUCCUCCUUAGUUCUCUGAAAAGUCUGCUGACAACCAUGGGCUUUUUCAACAAACUGACCAGGGAUUACUUCUGGAAGAACUUGUAUAUUUUCAGAACAGACCAACAUGACCAACACCAAGCAACAGAAGAAUACAACCCUUGGGCUUUCCACAGUAAUGCCAGUCUGGGAAUUCCACGCCAAGAGAAGGGAAUUAAAAGAGUCUGUAACUCAGAGCAGCUUAUUAAACCAAGAAUGUCAUUUUUUAAAUCUUUCAGAUUUAAGAAAUCACAACGUGACAAACAACGAACAGCCUCCAGACGACAUAAAGCCUCCAGACCACUGGAAAUUGAGUGUUAUGGAGAGCCUCAGGAGUUGAAGAAACCGAGAAGGACCAUGCAGAUUACACACUACAGCAGUAUAAGAAGUUUACAACAGAAAACCCAGUCUGAGGAACAGGUGUCUGAAAAAGCAGCCUUUUUAGGUCGGAAUGUGAGUCGCCAUCUUGUGAAAACUGGAGUCAGAGCAUACACAUUCAAUAUGGCCAGAUGGGCAGUGGGUCCACCUCUCGCCCACUUAUACAAAUACAACAUACGGGAUUACUACAGUCAUGUGAGUCUGAGAAAUCCAUUCAUAGAGGAGGAAAGUGAAAAAGUUCACGGCAGGUUUUUCACGAAACCAAACCAAAAGAAACCUCUAAUUGACCCACACCAACCAGAUUUUACACUGGAAGAGUCCAAAAAGUUCCUCAGAGGACUGGCAGCUGAGCUGAACGGAGUGUCUCGGGGCCCGGCAUGUCUCAGAGAGUAUAAAGCUUAUGUACCUGAGGAUUUGAAUAAACCGAAGAAGAGCAUACAGAUGCCCAUCACAGACAACAGCAUCAAAAACCUACCACAGAAAAACAUGUCUGAGUUGCCGCACCACAGUAAACCGAAGUCUGAAAAAGCAGGUGGUUUAAAGAUUCCCAAGAAAGAGUGGGAAAACAUCACAAGACCAUCAGUGAUGCUGGAUCCGAACACUGCGAAUCCCACUCUCAACCUGUCUGAUGAUGGACGCUCUGUGAGAACAAAGACCCACGAAGAGUUUCAUUCCAGCCAGAGUUACUAUGGAUACCAAAGAACAUCUGAACAUCAGUAUAAUGGCUGGACGUGUGUCCAAGCGCGAGAGGGCUACAGCACAGGCAGGCAUUACUGGGAGGUAGAUGUAAAGGGUAAAUGUGAUUGGAGAAUAGGUGUAGUGAGUGAAUUUGCUCCACGCAAUGGCUUUAUUAACCUGAACACAGACGUAGGGUAUUGGACUCUGCGUCUACAGUUAGGCUCUCUCAUGGCGAUGACUGUACCAGUCACCAAACUCAAUCAGGCGGUGCCUUCUAAGAUAGGAGUGCUCCUAGAUAUGGAGGGAAGUCAGGUUUCUUUCUAUGAUGCAAUGAAAAUGACACAUAUUUACACAUUUCAAGCAGAUUUCAGUAAGCGUGGGAAUAUCUACCCUGUGUUCGGGACCGUGGAGACAGAUAAACCUCUAAGGAUUAUCUAAACAUGCCGUUGAAUUGGUCUUUACGUUGAUUUGAACAUACCGUAGGGAAAAAGAGCUUCUUCUAUCGCAAUAAUGAGUCUUUAUUGAUCACAUAUACAUUACAGCAGAGUGAAAUUCUUUUCUUCGAAUCCCCGAGCAUGUUAGGAAGCCGGGGUCAGCGCACAGGAUCAGCCAUGAUACAGCGCCCCCUGGAGCAGAGAGGGUUAAGGACCUUGCUCAGGGGCCCAACAGUGGCAGAUUGGCAGUGCUGGGGCUUGAAUCCCUGACCUUCUGAUUAGUAACCCAGAACCUUAACCCCCAAGCCACCACUGCCCCCAAUUCAACUUAAACCCCACAAUUUCAAGGUCACAUAUAGAGACAUGCAGACCACUGUGGAGACCCCAAAUGGGAGCAGUCAAAAGAAUAACAACAACAACAACUUGCAUGUUCAUGGCUAUGCAUUGGAUUUAUCUAAUGCUGGUGAUUUUAAAUGUAAUAUACUGAAUGGCAUGUAUUGUAUUUGUAAAUCAUUCAAUUGAUUAAAUAUUGUAAAUAUUGUAAAUAUUUCAAAUGAAAAUGCUUUGUAUGUACUGCACAAAAUCUUAUGAAUGUUGGAAUAGAUGUUAAAUGUUCAUGAGUUAUAUGUUAUAUGGUUAUAUAUGGCUACAUAUGUUCUUUAUUUACGUCCGCCUAUAUCCAGUCUAAAAGCUGUCUGCAAAACAUCCUUUGCUUUUAAUACUACUAUACACAAGCCAAUAAUAAAAAAAUAAAACCAUGAUCAUUUA